AUGAAUGUUCUUGUCUAUUCAGGACCGAAUGUGCUCCCUGCGUCCGUCAAUUGGAUUCGGUCUACAUUGAAGAACAUACUGGCUCCCAAUUACGCCGUUCAGAACAUAUCAGCUCAGUCGCUAGCGACCCAGCCGUGGGCCGCUUCAUGCGCAUUGCUGGUCCUUCCAACCUCAUCCCGGCCUGAAACUACUUCAUUGAUCUCGCAGUACGUCAAAUCUGGGGGUAGGCUUCUUGCAAUCGGCGCAAGCCUCCAACGGCGAGGGAGCAUACUUUAUCUUGGACCACCAGGAUCGAUCAGGCUAUCAGAUUAUAUCUUGACCUUCGAUUCAUUGCAGCCGGAUUCCCUCCGUGUUCUAUCCGUGGAUGUUCUAUCUCGUGACGGUGUUCCGCGACAGUCUUUGGACGGCUUACUGGUUGCAAACUCAGGGAUCAUAGACGGUGCGGAAAAUCAAGAAGUCAUGGCUCGAUUGAGUGGCGGGGACAGCGGAGCAGCGAUCGCUGUAGAUCUCGAGGUGGAGAACGGCAAAGCCGCCAUCUGGUCAUUGAGCCUGGAUCAGGCAUCCGAUGAAGAGAGAAGGUCGGACGAACAGAAGUUAUCCAUUCUUCGCGCAACUCUCAUCGGCCUAGGCCUGCGUCUUCCACAGCACCACCCAGAUGCAACCAGCGCUGUCCAUCAUCCGCUGCCGCAGCUGCUCAUGUGCGCUCCCUGGAAGCCUCACAUCGUUCAUUCUGUCUUUGAGGCUCUCAAAAUCCGCCACGAAGGAGACUCCGCGCCAGUGAUAUUGAAGGACUCAAACGACACAUUCCACUUUUGGCCCUCAACCGAACGCGACCGACUGCUAGACCUUGGUAGAACCGGUGGAUUAUACCAAUUUCCCGAUCCUGACACCUGGCAGCCAAAACACAUAGUUAUUGAGCCUCACGGGUCUAUCCCCCCGUCCAGUGCGACGCCGCUGUUCGGCUGCACGGACUUCUUCCGAUGUUUGAAAGAGUACCGGUCGAAAUUCACGGUCCCGGAACCAGUCGACGAAUGGGGACACGGGGAAGCCCUGAUCUAUGGCGAAGUCGUAACUAGUACGCAGACGAUGAUUGAUAGGAACCCAGCCAUGCUGAACUCGCUUCCGUCGCCGUUACUCUCGAUCGCGUCGCACCAGCUCGUCGGACGAGGUCGCGGAUCAAACACUUGGCUAUCUCCCGCAGGAUGUCUGCAGUUUUCUUUGCUUCUUCGUGUCUCGCUUUCUAGGCUCCCACCCCAAAAACUAGUCUUUGUGCAGUACCUGUUUGGUCUGGCAAUCGUUGAGGCAUGCCGAGAGAUGUCAUCGGCCAACGGCCAAGCAUGGGGGGAAAAGAUUCGGCUCAAAUGGCCGAACGACAUUUACGCGGUCGUUGGUCCUCGAGAUCAAGACCGCAAGAAACUUGGGGGAAUAUUAAUUAAUACGUGUCUUACCGGAGACAAGGUUGAAAUUGUCAUAGGAAGCGGGACGAACAUACUUAAUUCGCCGCCGAUCAUGUCUUUGGCGCAGUUAUUACCACCGGAUGCCGUGAUUAGCGAACACCUGACGAUGGAGCGCAGUCUCGCGGUUAUCCUCGCCAAGUUUGAGGCCAUGUGGUGCCAAUUUGUCAACGAUCGCGGUUCUUUCGACUCAUUCAUCGACUUGUAUCUGGAUCGCUGGCUUCACUCGUAA